AUAUUGUACGGCAUCGAAAACAAGAAAUUCAUUCACAAGUUAUCCGCGGUGCCGAUCAGAGGUCGAAAUUCUACGCAUAGUUUAUUCAUAAGAGAAUAUUUGUGGACCUUGCUGUAGUGGCAAUCUAUUAUCAUAUCAGUUUUCGUCUAGUGUUUGAAGAGAAGUGGAUUUCAUAUUUGACGUUGUAAAUAAAAUAAUACCUGAAGCGGUUUUAAUAGUGACAAAUUAAACAAUUACCAAAAAAUUCAGUUCACUGAAAACGCAGUGAAAAUGGUCCGUGUAGUACAAAUGUGCAGUAUUGCCUUGUUUGCGCUUUUGCUGCUUAGUAGCAGCCAGGUGUCAGAGCAGGCAGCGACGUUCAUACAGCCCCUAGUGCGAAUUCCUCGAUCCACCGAUGUCGAGCAAGAGGAAAAAUGUACGGACAAUACGGCUUGUGGAUGGGCUGUCUACAAACCCUUUACACGAUCGAUCGAAAACUACAUGCGGAACACAUGUUCAUGCGCAGAACCUACCAAGUGUAUUCGUACAGAUGACGAUUUAUCGAUCAGUGCGUUUGUGUACCGGUGCCGGAAAACGGAUAGCCAGAAUACGCGCUAAUUCGGAACGAUCGUCUCAGCCUGUAGAACUUCUCCGUCUAAACUUUAGUUUUAACUUCACCACAUAGUUAUUUGGUACCCAGUAAAACAAAACUUUAUUUAAAUUCCUCCUCUCUAAUUAUUUAACUUAUAUCGUAUUGGCAUGUUUCUUUCCCUAUUUUCAUCAUUCAGCGAUUAUUUAAAAUCAGUUUACUUUAACUUCAUAGCCAAUAACUGUAUCAACUCUCCGAAUACUAACUUCCUAGAGACUUGAUUAUAUGUGCUUCGACAGACGCAAAUGAACUGUUAAAGUUUGUCGCGAAGUGAAAAUAUUUAGAAACAUAGAAGUCAAGAUGAAUGAUUAAUUAGCUUUUAAUAUACAUAAGACGCGUCAAACAGUUCCUUUAUUAUGUGGAUUAGUAAUCAAUGUUAAUUAGCAUUUCUAUGACAUAAUCACAAACGGUCUUAACAAGACACUAAAAUUUCUUUUAAAAAGAGUUUAAAUUGGAAAAAUAGUCAGCACAUGAGCGCAGUGAAUAAUAUUGUAACCUGCCACGUAAAAAAAACAGACUGGCAUGAAUCGACCACACAGCAAUUAACCAUGGCGUAUCCCAUCGAUUAAUCUUUUUAUUCUUACCUAAUUAAAUCCAAUUUGAACUGACAUCAUCUGGCGACUGUUUUAAAUGAUACUUAAAUAUUAUGCGAAAGCGAUACGCUACAGCAGCUAAAGACUAUUUUCAUCGGAAUAGUACAAACAUAUGGAUUAUUUUCACAAAUACAGUUCCACACUAAGAAAUUGGUAGCAAAGACGUUUCAGAACAUGAGCGCCUACAAGCCAGUGGCAACUGGUAUGGGAAGCAUAGUUAAACCGACAUUAUAAUGUUAGAAACGUACUUAAAAUUGUACCCAUGAGCUUUUAUUGUUGCCUUUUCCAUGACACCUAAAGUGCGCAAAUUAACAUUGAUGCUAAUAAAAUCUUCCGGGUAAUCUCCAUUCUGGUACAGCAGUAUUUAUAGCAGGGAUUUUCCCACAAUAAAUGACAAACUUUGAGAAAUUGCAACAAAGUCCUCUACAACGCCGAUCACAAUAGCCAUACAUCCAUCUCAACAACUCACGAAAUCGAAAUGAGACAGUAACGAAAUGAAAAUCAGUAUUUGAUAAGAAGGCAAGAAAUAAAACGCACAAUAUGCUGCUAAGGUAGAGAGAGAAUUUGGAUGAAACAUAAGCCUAGGUUAAGCUUGAUAUUUGUACGACUGCAAUAUCAAUUACUUUGUAUUGAGAUCAAUAAACUUUAAUAAAUAAAAAGAUUUAUUUAGCGAUAA